AUGACCAAUCACUCGCAGGUAGCACGAGUGACACCUCAAACCAUUCUCGAAGGUGAACGAUUGAUUCGCAACAUUGUCAAAAGAACCUCUCUCGACACGUGUUUGAGUUUUCAAAAACAUUUUCCCGAUUUCAAGGGAACACUUUUACUCAAAUGUGAAAAUGAACAGUAUACAGGAUCGUUUAAAUUGAGAGGAGCGACACACAAGAUGAUGAAAUAUUUAUCAUCGAUAAAGAGAGAUGAUAAUGACAAUUAUUCCGAUAAUCCUCACGUGUCAUCAUUAAAUAAUAAUUUAAAUAAUAAUAAUUUAGGUCAUACUGAUCAUCACAACGGAGAGCAAGAAAUUCAUUUAAGAAAAUUUCAAAACAACGAAACCACUUUCCAAGUCUGUACAGCCUCCACUGGAAAUCAUGGAUUCGCAGUGAGCUAUGCUGCCAAAGCACUCGGAACAUUCUCAGCAAUUGUCGUCGUUCCCACAAAUGCAGAUCCUUCAAAAAUUGAAAAUAUUCAAAAAGUCAUGGGAGGUCAAGUGAUUCUUCAUGGCGAUAAUUGUUUGAAAGCAGAAAUGUUUGCAAAGGAGUAUGCACGUGAGAGAAAUAUUCCAUAUAUUUCACCCUAUAAUGAUGUGGAUAUUGUGAUUGGUCAGGGAAGUAUUGGAGUUGAAAUUUGUGAACAGUUGCAAGAAAUGGUGCAAAAGAGAGGAAGUGUGAAUGGAAUUCAAAUGAUGCAAGAUGGAUCGAAUGUUUAUGUGUAUGUGAGUGUUGGAGGAGGAGGAUUAAUAUCAGGUAUUGCCACUUACAUGAAACAUGUUUACCCAAAAUGUAAAAUCAUUGCGUGUCAACCAUCGAAUAGUGCUGUCAUGUAUUAUUCAUCUCUUGCCAACAAAAUUCUGGACAAUGUCGAAGAAUUUGAUACGAUCAGUGAUGGUACAGCAGGUGGUAUUGAAGAAGAUUCUCUCACGUUUGACCUUUGUCAAGCACUUGUGGAUCGAUAUGUGUUAUUGAGCGAGGACGAAAUUUAUGAAAUGUUGAGAUUUUUGUUAAUGAGUGAAAGAUUGCUUGUAGAGGGAGCAGCAGCUUGUGCUUUGGCUGGUGUGAAAAAGGAUUACAUGGAGGAUUCAACAGAACAAGCUAUUCGAAUUGCAGUACUGUGUGGAAAGAAUAUUUCUGAAGGAAAAAUUAAAAAGAUUGUGAGCUGUGAAUAG